GUCUAAAACUACAAAUCCCGUGAAACCCAUGUACAUUUGGAGCAAGAUAAUUUCUUGAUGCAAAUACAGAAAAUACACAGAGCUGAGAAAUGAGUGGAGGAACGUGCCUACGCAGGAGGGGUGGCCCUUACAAAACUCCUCCAGCCACAGACCUUACACGAUGGCGACUCACAUGCACAGAAGGCAGGCAAACUUGGAAAUUUGUUGAGGGUGAGGACCGAGAGCCUAGUGUUUUGGAGGCUCAUUCUUUAGGACUGAAUACGAGUGAAUUUCGGCCAAAUUUACCAAAGGCAAACACUGCGCAGGAUGCAGCCGAUAAUGGGCUAACAUUUUAUUCGGCUUUACAAGCUGAAGAUGGACAUUGGGCUGGUGAUUACGGGGGACCCCUAUUUCUUCUGCCAGGUCUUCUAAUUGCAUGUCAUGUGACACAAACACAUCUGCCAGAUGCUACAAAGAAGGAGAUGAUACGAUAUUUACGCUCUGUACAGCUAGCAGAUGGAGGAUGGGGGCUGCACAUUGAGGAUAAGAGCACAGUUUUUGGCACUGCUAUGAACUAUACUUCACUGCGUCUCCUUGGGGUGUCCCAAGAUGAUCCAGAUGUGACAAGAGCACGGAACAACCUACACAGCAAGGGUGGUGCUGUUGGUAUUCCUUCAUGGGGGAAGUUCUGGUUGUCUGUACUGAAUGUAUACAGCUGGGAUGGAAUGAACACUGUGUUCCCAGAGAUGUGGCUUUUGCCAAGAUGGUUCCCUGCUCACCCAAGCACCAUCUGGUGUCACUGCAGACAGGUUUAUUUGCCUAUGAGUUAUUGCUACGCCACCCGUCUUUGUGCUCGUGAAGAUGAUCUGAUCCGUAGCCUGAGACAGGAGUUAUAUCUAGAAGACUACAGCCGUAUUAACUGGCCUGCUCAGAGGAACAAUGUCGCUUCUUGUGAUAUGUACACACCUCACAGUGCAAUGCUUAACAUUGCCUAUGUUUUUCUGAACCUAUAUGAAUCAUAUCAUCUGACUUCCCUUCGACGCCAUGCAGUAAAUGAGCUGUAUGACCACGUUAAGGCUGAUGACAGGUUCACCAAAUGUUUGAGCAUCGGUCCGAUUUCCAAGGUGAUUAAUAUGCUGGUCCGUUGGCAUGUAGAUGGCCCUGAAUCCUCUGUAUUUAAAGAGCACGUGGACCGUAUCCCUGAUUAUCUGUGGCUGGGUUUGGAUGGGAUGAAGAUGCAGGGCACAAAUGGUUCUCAGUUGUGGGACACCACAUUUGCUAUCCAAGCAUUUCUAGAGGCAGGAGCUCACAAGAAAGUUCAGUAUCAGGAGUGUCUGAAGAAAGCUCAUGAAUUUCUGCGUAUAACACAGAUACCAGACAAUCCUCCUGAUUACCAGAAGUAUUACAGACAAAUGAACAAGGGCGGUUUCCCAUUUAGCACCCGUGACUGUGGUUGGAUAGUGGCCGACUGUACAGCUGAAGGACUAAAAUCUGUGAUGUUACUUCAGGAAAAGUGCUCCUUUCUGACAGAUAUUAUCCCUCGGGAUAGGCUCUAUGAUGCCGUCAAUGUGUUGCUCAGUAUGAGGAAUCCAGAUAAUGGCUUUGCUACGUAUGAAACAAAGCGAGGCGGACAUUUGCUGGAAUUGCUCAAUCCUUCGGAGGUGUUUGGGGACAUCAUGAUUGAUUACACAUAUGUGGAGUGCACGUCUGCUGUAAUGCAGGCACUAAAACAUUUUCAUGACUGGGAUCCAGACCACAGAACGCAUGAAAUAAGAGACACAUUGCAGCGUGGGCUAGAUUACUGUCGCAAAGUGCAGCGCAAUGAUGGGUCUUGGGAGGGAUCAUGGGGUGUUUGUUUUACAUAUGGUAUCUGGUUUGGCUUGGAAGCUUUUGUUUGCAUGGGAUACACAUAUAAAGAUGGUUCCCCAGAAAUCAUCAAUGCCUGCAAUUUCCUUCUCUCCCACCAGAUGGAAGAUGGAGGCUGGGGAGAAGAUUUUGAGUCAUGCGAAGAGAGAAGAUAUGUUCAGAGUGCAAACUCUCAAAUACACAAUACAUGUUGGGCUCUGCUUGGUUUAAUGUCUGUAAGGUUCCCAGACGUGGCUAUUUUGGAGAGAGGCAUCAAAUUAUUACUGGAGAAACAGCUCGCUAAUGGAGACUGGCCUCAGGAGAAUAUAUCAGGUGUGUUUAACAAGAGCUGUGCAAUCAGUUACACGUCAUAUCGAAAUGUGUUUCCAAUUUGGACACUAGGUCGUUUCUCCAGGCUGCAUCCAGAUAGCCCAUUGGCAGGAGUACUCAAGAACUGACUCUGAACAGGCCUAUACACCUGGUUAUCACACCAUACUACCUCUUGCCUCCCCAACAUUAAUUUAUUUCAGCAUUUGCUAAUUUGAGCCACCAUUAUGCCACUGACGUGGCCAUUCCCAUCUCAUCAAUGCUAAAAGAGAUAUUCUAAGCUUCAUAACUAUUACCUAUUACAGAUUUGUGUGUUGGUUAUGUUGCAAAUAGUUUUUUGCUGCAAUCUUUGUCAAGUACUUUUAGAGCAGCAGAGGGACCAGACUUUGGAUUCCAGCACAACAAUGGCUAAUGUAAAACCAGUGAAAAGACUUGACUAAACGACUGCACUCAGGGACUGUUGGCACCAUAAUCACUAUUUCAAGCUUUCUAUAUUAAACGACCUACAUAUCCAUACAAUCUGAGACACAGUUUUAAGAGAAUACAAAUAUCAAAUCAAGAUAAUAAGUGCAAUUAUAUUUCUUGUGAAAAUGUCUUCAAGUGUCUUGCAAGUAAUUGAACAGCAUUAUAUCUGUAGAUAUAGUUUGUCAUCGUUAAUCUUGUUUUAAUAUAUUCAAAUUCAAGUUGGGUUAAUUGCUUCUGCAAUAACAUUUUCUACUAGCCAGAUGUACUGAUUGUGUUUUGGUUUUAUAUAAUUCUCCUGUGCGGAUCUGUGCAAAACAUGAGCUGUUUUGUAAUUUGUAAAUAAUACAUUAGUUGGUUCUCUAUUGCUGAAAAUGAUCUGAAGUUCCAGUUUAAAAACAUGGUGUGUCACGAUGUGAGAAAUUAAAUUUUAAUAAGAAUGAG